CUUGUAUGACGGAUAAGCUGGGGAGGACUGGGUGCAUUUGAUGCACAACUAGAGCCACAUUCACUAUCGUCCCUGCUCUGUCUGCCUCUGUUCCUCUCCUGCUCACGGUCCUCCGUCUAAGAUCUCUACAGCUCGUUGACUCGAUCCUUUCAUGCCUGCCAGAGGGGAAGCACAACACUCCGAGCUUUAAGAGCUGGUUAUUGUGUACUGAACACAUCCGACCAGUCUCUCGUUCCGAUUGGGAGAAACCCAGAGACAUUGCCCUCUAGAUCAUGAACGUUUGAGGGAGGGUUUUCAUCUCCAGGCAGGAAGCUUGAGAAGGCGGUGAUCCUCGAGGGUCCUGCCGCGGUCGUCACCUCUGAUUUGCUCGAGCGGAGGUAGAAGGAAGGAAGGAACAGCGAGAUCCCUCCUCGCAGAUCUGUCAGUCCAAUAACGCGUUCCCAGGACUCGCAUGAUAGUGAACGUUGUGAUCACAGCGGAAGUGGUAGUACGGUUUUGUGUUUCGUAGGUCAGGCUGCCUGUGCAGGAGACAUAGCCGUUGCCGAGUGACAGCGCAGCAGGUCACUCCAGUUCUUCAUCGUUCUUCGUUGUUUGGUUUGGCGUUGAUAUCGACCCAUAGGCCGCUUUGGGUUGUCACUGUCGGCACAGCGUUCAGCGUUGCAGGGACCGCGACUCUGCGCCGCUCGCGUCCGGAGUCAGUGACCUUCUCUUUUCUUGUGUGUUUGUGCGUGAGGACUUGCAUGAAUCCGACGACAAUACUUGUCCCGUGGCCCUCGGUUAAGGACAAAUUCAAUGUCAAUUGACUCCAGAGUCUGCUCAUUGCACGGUGAUUGCCGGCCGAAAUAAGCGUGCGUCCGUUCGUUCGUUAUGUACGUGCAUUGUGUACUCGUGUGCUAAGAACGUCGGGCCUCCGGUUGAUUUUAUCGAAGAUGUGGAAUUGUUUGCCUCUUUUCUCCUCCGCUGAUGCGGAAGACUAUUACAAGACGGCGACUGCUGUGCGCAAGAAGGAUGACGAUGCCGCGGCGACCGAGGUCUUUGUGGCUGAAGCAUGCGAGCAGGUGACAUCCGUGUCAAAAAUCAUUCGGUUGCAAUACACUGGAGUGACAUUGUGGUUCAACUACCUUGUUGAUUACCUCGGGCAGGCUCUGGUGGCGUAUUUCCACAGGGUGAUCGAGAAGGUGGAGAAGCUUGAAUACUACGAUUGAUGGAUCAGGUCAGAUCAGAUAUGGCUUCAUUCGUGCAUCUUCUAGGGCCUGCAGAACGCCACGAAAAGCAUGUUUAGUACCAUCAAUACCAUGGCAUAUCCAUCGAACUAUUGUUGAAUCCUGCUCCAAAACGUCAAAUUUUGCUGUAAAGGUCAUUUGCUUCACCCCUGAACGUUACUAGAUGUAUUACCAUCAAGAAUCCAAAAUCCAUCGACCUCUUUGAAGGAUCGAGAGGAUUAGAUAUUGAGUUUGACUUGGAAGAAGCCCGGUAUGUAGAAAUGAGAGUUAGUAUUUUUUUGUAUAGCAUGUAAAAAGCUCGUUUCUCUCACAAAAUUUUUGUCCGUCAUCAACAGCCUCCAUGCGUUGUGUUCUGAGUCUCAUGGACGUGUUGUUAGAAUAUAGCGUAGUGUAGAACGGACGAGAAGGAUGUACAGAAGUUGAAUGCAAGUCCUAACAGCAACGAAGCGGCCACUGACCUACGGUACUUAAGUUCCGCAUGUCCAGUCCAGAGCUCUUCUACAUAUCUGUCGCGUUGGUCUACUUAUGUACUCUACAAUCAAAUAAAAGUGUGAGCUUUAUCAUUAGC